CAGCCCUGUUGAUACAUGCUUGAUCUCAGUUGCGAGACGCAGGGCGACAUGUACCCGUCACCGUUGUCUCCGUGGUGUCACCCGCCGCUGGCAGGGGUUUCGCGUGGCUGCCGAACGCCAUCGCCAAGGCCGUCCUGUUCACAUGCAACUGCGUCAUCCAUGCCGUGCACUGCUCUUCGGACCACAUCUAGAGAAACAGAAGAACAAAGAGCUGAGACACCACCGUUGUGACCAUGAAUGGACCCGUCUGAAAACAGAACAACGCCUCCAACAGAUUAUUGCAUGAACGAGGCAGUGCCUUCCUCCGACAUCAGACCUCUGUGACCUAUCCACGCACACGCAUCAGGUGUUGCAUUGGAAACAUAGGCAUCAGCCGCCGGCCGAGACAGCCACCAUGAGCAGCGAAAAUACACACACACUCGCAAAUAGCGAGACGCCAAUCCCCGUGGUUCAGAUUCACCCAGCAGAGUCGCCCGGGGGCCGGACUCCGAGUACAGGGAAUGGCUCACAUCGGCUGUCUGCGACCAAACUGAAGGACAAGCUCGAGUCGCUCGGCGACAACAUGAGCCGCGAAUCGUCAAGUAGGAUGGGCGACCGCAUGAUCAAUCUUCUGCUUGCGCAGGUCCUGCCCGGCGAGGACCCAUCAUCGACAUCCCCUCCAGAAGGCAGCGCGAAUCCAACUCCUCAGAUCAAGGACCGGCGGUCACGGAGCUAUGUCGAGCGUCCCAACUUCAGUCUCCCCACCAUGUCCUCGAACUUCCGGCGCUUCAACUCCCGCAUCGGGGUAGCAUUUGUCUUCCAGAACCGCCUCAUCCACCUGUUCACAUGGAAACAACCCACCCAGACGCUGUCGUUCCUGUUCAUGUACACCUUCAUCUGCAUCGACCCGUACCUACUCCCUGUCAUCCCGCUAGCAUGCUGUCUCUUCUUCAUCAUGGUGCCGUCCUACCUAACACGGCACCCACCUCCGCCAACCUCUUUCCCGACCGACCUGUACCCGCUCGGGGGCCCGGCGCUCGCAGACGCACCCACCAUCAAGCCCGCCCCCGAGUUCAGCAAAGACUUCUUCCGCAACAUGCGCGACCUGCAAAACUGCAUGGAGGACUUCUCCCGCGGCCACGACGCCGUCCUCCAGUUCCUCACCCCACUCACCAACUUCUCCAACGAAAACCUCAGCUCCCUGCUCUACAUCAUCCUGCUCCUCUCCUCGUGCGCGCUCUUCCUCGCCUCGCACCUCCUCCCCUGGCGCGCCAUCUUCCUCGUCCUCGGCUACACCCUCACCGCGACCGGCCACCCCGCCAUCGCCGACCUCCUCGCCACCCCCGAGAACGACGCGCGCCUCGCCGCCGCCGAGCACGACGCCCGCUCGCUACUCCUCUCCGCCAGCAAAUCCGACAUCGAACUGCAAACCACCCAGCCCCCCCGCGAAGUCGAGAUCUUCGAGCUGCAGCACCGGCCCCUGCACACCCCCGCCGCCGAAUUCGCGCCCUUCCUGUUCUCGCACUCGCCGUACGCGCCGCUGUCGCCCGCCCGCAUCAGUGGCGACCGCCCCCGGGGUGCCGCGUUCUUCGAGGACGUCCUGCCCCCCCGUGGAUGGCGCUGGGGCGACAAGAAGUGGGGCCUCGACCUGCUGAGUCGCGAGUGGGUCGACGAGCGGUGCGUGACGGGCGUCGAGGUGGAGAUUGAGGGCGAGCGGUGGGUGACGGACCUGCACUACGAGGUGCUGGGGGACGAGGAGGGGGGGUACAGCAGGGAGGGCAAGGGCGGCGUGGGCGAGCAGGAGCGCGAGGUUUUGAGAAGGGCGUGGGAGGUCGGCCGGCCGAGUCGCAGGGGCGAGUGGAGACGGCGGCGGUGGGUGCGGAUGGUGGAGCGGGUGGGGAGCGUGUGAGCCGUGUGGAGUCGUGCAUGUCCAUUCAAUCACAACUUGCGAGUCGUCCGUUGCUCUCUGGUUUACUCUGCGCCCAUCCCCGUCUCCCUCUUUCCUCCCCCAAUAUGAUGACCAUUGCCGUCCCGUCUCUCAUCGCAAUCACGUGAUGGUCCUGUGGUCUAGUGGUAUGAUUCUCGCUUAGGGUGACUAAGCAAUUUGCGAGAGGCCCCGCGUUCGAGUCGCGGCAGGACCCUUUUUUGCUG